AUGCUGCGUUUGUCAACGUUUUGUCUGUUGCUGGCAGUAGCCGUAGCUCAAAAUGGUUAUGAGUACAACAAACCAGGAAGACCGUUCGGGCAGAGUACCUCCAGCCGACCUGGAUUUCCUUCCAGCGGUUACCCGAGUUCUACGGCAACAUAUCCUAGCGCUUCCCAAGACGAAUACCCGAGUACAACACCAUAUCCCUUAGGACCGACGACUGGCGCUAAUUACCCAGGACAGCCUGGGCCGAAUUAUCCGGGACAAAACUAUCCUGGCCAAAGCCCUACUGGCCCUUCAGCAUAUCCAGGGCAACAGGGAUCCGAUUAUCAAAACCAAGGACCAACUGGGCCGACAGGGCCAUCGGGUUAUCCAGGGCAGCCGGGAACUGGCUAUCACGGACAGCCGGGAAUUGGUUAUCCAGGACAGUCGGGAGUUAUAGGACAGCCGGGAACUAGUUAUCAGGGACAGCCUGGUACUGGUUAUCCAGGACAACCCGGACCUGGUUAUCAAGGACAAUCUGACAAUAGAUUUCCAGGAAAUAAUUAUCAAGGGCAAACAGGACGUCCUACAACGCCAGGAUUCGGAGGUUCACCCGGUGUCUCACCUGGGUCCCCCGGAUUUGGUCCAGGAAUUGGACCCAUAGGGCCAGGAUAUGACACUGGGGCCUAUGAAGGUGGCGAUUAUUCGGCUAUACCUGGGGAACCUGACAGAGAUUAUCCUAUCCUAGCUGUAGUUCCAGAGACAUCUUUCCGUUGCGAAGCACAACUAUAUCCAGGGUAUUACGCUGAUGUAGAGACUCGUUGUCAAGCUUUCCAUGUCUGUGCUAACAACAUAACCUAUGACUUCCUAUGUCCUAAUGGGACUGUUUUUUCACAAGAAGUGUUUGUUUGCGUAUGGUGGAAUCAAUUUGACUGCAACUCAGCGCCAAGUCUUUAUGAGCUAAACGCAAACUUAUACGAUUACUCUAUAACGGGAAGCUCUCAACAACUCAGUUCUUACCCUGGUAACCAAAGACCUCAGGGACCAUCAUAUCCCGGCGUACAAGGACCUCAAGGACCAUCAUACCCUGGAAGUCAAACAUAUCCCGGUAGUCAAGGACCAGCAUAUCCUGGUAGCCAAGGACCUCAGGGUCCAUCAUACCCAGGUAACCAAAGCCCGCAAGGCUCAUAUCCUUUAAACGGACCAUCAACGCCAUACCCAGAUAAUUUUGGAAACCAAGGACCAUCUUCUGGAUAUCCAGGUAGCUCUUACCCCCAAAGUACGACUCCAAGUUACCCAGGAAUAUCUGCAACUCAAGGUACACCAACCUACCCUGGGCAGGGUUCUAGCAAUUAUGAUCAGCAAGGUCCUUCCAGUUCAUAUCCUGGAAGUUCUAACUAUCCAUCCACGCGGCCCCCUGGUAAUUACCCAGGAUCACAAAAAACACCAGGAUAUCCGGGAUCAAGGCCAUCAUCCAAUCAGGGUUACCCAUCAGGCAGACCAUCUGGGCCUAGCUUUCCUACUGGAUCAACAAGACCACAAGGCCCAAGCACAGGCUACCCGAAACCACCAAACCGAGAAUAUUUGCCACCAAGAAAUUAA